GGGGAGGGAAUUCGAUUGGUUCACCGAGGCUGAAGCAUAUCCGGUUAAUACUGCGAAAUACAGAAGCGAUAGAGUCGUUCGGGUUGUGGCCUCGGAGCAAUUAAAUGGCACGUUUUCGGUGGCGUUAGAGCAACAAAACAAACCGCACACGUUUCAAAUAUAUUGCGAGUGUGACCGGCCGCAAAGUAACCGGUAACGUUCGGAGGUGGGUUUCGGUUUCUCCGCCCACCCCGGAAGACUUGAACGGAGUCGUCGUUAUUUUUUAUUUUCUGAGGUGACGUGGAGUCGGACCCCUUCUUCCACACUGUCUCAUUUGUCGGCAAAAAAAGUACUGCGUGUACCCGAACAGGGACGUCGCGUCGAGGCAGUCCGCGAUGUCCAUGCAGUAAAAUCUUCACAUUGCGCUCCAGUGUCGGCGCAUACCGGAGCAGGGGGAAGACCGUCGGGGCCUAGAGUCAAGAGGAAUCCGGCGGACAGACGGGGUUUGUCGUGUUUGCGGCAUCGCGACUCAAGUGACACCGCAUCGGUACAGGGGUUAUUCAGCGUGGAGCGGGACACCUGCCGGGGCGCUGCCAGAACACAAUGGGGCUGCGCUGCAUCUUGAUCCUGUGCUUGUUCUCGAGCUGCGGCGCGGUCUACAAGCAGGGGGACAACGUGACUCUCUUUGUCAACAAAGUGGGUCCUUAUCAUAACCCCCAGGAGACGUAUCACUACUACACCCUGCCUGUUUGCAGGCCAGAGAAGGUACACCACAAGUCCCUGAGUCUGGGAGAAGUGUUGGAUGGCGACAGAAUGGCAGAGUCGUUGUAUCACAUCCGCUUCAGAGAGAACGUGGAGAAAAAAACUCUCUGUCAACUGACUCUUUCGGAGAAACAGGUGGACCAGCUUCGAGAGGCUAUCGAGGAGCUGUACUACUUUGAAUUUGUCUUGGAUGAAAUCCCAAUCUGGGGGUUCGUGGGCUACAUAGAGGAGAGCGGCUUUCUGCCCCACAGCCACAAGGUGGGUUUGUGGUCUCACCUAGACUUCAACAUUGAAUACAACGGCAACUCUGUGAUUUUUGCCAAUGUCUCGGUGAAAGACGUGAAACCCGUUCCCCUGGAGGAGGGGGCGGGUGCAGCAGUGGGGGGAGUCGGUUUGGGCGGAGGAAGCCUGACGGUCACCCACACCUACAGCGUGCACUGGUUCGAGUCCCCCCUGCCUCACGCCCGGAGAGCAGAGCGCCUGCGGGACUACUCGUUCUUCCCCAAAACACUGGAGAUCCACUGGCUGUCCAUCAUCAACUCGCUGGUGCUGGUGGUGCUGCUGCUGGGCUUCGUCAUCAUCAUUCUAAUGCGGGUCCUCAAGAAUGACUUUGCCAGAUACAACGUGGAGGAGGAGGGUGGCUGCGACGAUCUGGACCAGGGAGACAACGGCUGGAAGAUCAUACACACUGACGUCUUCAGGUUUCCCCCCUACAAAAGCCUGCUGUGUGCUGUGCUGGGAGUGGGGGCUCAGUUCCUUACCCUUGCCACGGGGAUCAUCGUCAUGGCAUUGUUGGGGAUGUUCAAUGUGCAUCGCCACGGCGCCAUCAACUCGGCAGCGAUCGUCCUGUACGCCCUGACCAGCUGCGUGUCUGGGUACGUCUCCUGUAGCUUCUACACACAGAUCAACGGCCAGCGCUGGGUGUGGAACAUCAUCCUCACCUCGUCCCUCUUCUCCGCUCCCCUGUUCCUGACGUGGAGUGUAGUGAACUCCAUCCACUGGUGGAGCGGCUCCACUCAGGCCCUGCCGGCCACCACGGUGCUCCUCCUGCUGGGCGCCUGGGUGCUGGUGGGCUUCCCCCUCACAGUUAUCGGAGGCAUUGUGGGAAAGAACCGGGCCGGGAACUUCCAGGCCCCCUGCCGCACUCGCAACAUCCCCCGACAGAUCCCGACACAGCCCUGGUACAAACGCACAGCUGUGCACAUGGCCAUCGGCGGCUUCCUGCCAUUCAGUGCCAUCUCUGUGGAGCUGUACUACAUCUUUGCCACCGUUUGGGGCAGAGAGCACUACACCCUCUAUGGCAUCCUGCUGUGUGUCUACGCCAUCCUCCUCUCUGUGGGCGCCUGCAUCUCCGUGGCCCUCACCUACUUCCUGCUGUCAGGCGAGGACUACCGCUGGUGGUGGCGGAGUGUGCUGAGCACUGGCUCCACCGGCGUCUUUAUCUUUGUCUACUCCGUUUUCUACUACCGGAACCGGUCGUCCAUGAGCGGCCUGGUCCAGAGCACGGAGUUCUUUGGCUACUCUCUGCUCACGGCGCUCGUCUUCUCCCUGAUGCUGGGCAGCGUGUCGUUCUGGGCCUCGCUGGCGUUUAUCCGAUACAUCUAUCACAGCCUCAAGAUGGACUAGACAUGAAACAUGCAGCUCUAAAUAAACAUCUCCUCAUAGCACACAUGGACAAUCUUCAUUACCCUCUCUGGCUCUCUGUUGGGUUAAUGGGAGGAGAAACUGGGGCCUUUACUCUACUUACUGUGUAUGACAGAGAGAUUUAAAUCAGAAAGGAGCCAUCUGUGUUGCAAUACGAGAUGCUUGGUGAGCUGUGUGGAUGGAUGGACAGAUAAAGGGAAAAUCAUCAGGAGGGGGAUUGUUAAAUGAUUGAGUUGAUUUAUUCGUUGAAUUGGUGGCAUCAUCUGCUCUGGUUUUUACUUCACGGUCUACCAAGGCAUGAUGGGAUCUUAAAGGAAACCCUGGCUUUCCCCCGAGACAGCUGACUCAUACUAGUUUUGUUUCAUUAUGUAGCAAUACAAGCAUUAAUACUGGCGAUUAUACCCCCAAUUACACCAGAAUUGUCAGGUUAUUCAAACUUAAAAAUUGUUUUGCACCGGUCCCGUUUAACUAGACACGGCCCUGUGGUCGUACAAGACAAAUAAUGCCAUGUAGAUUAAUGCUGCGUUCUAUAAUAUCGAAACUACCGACCUCAGAGUCGAAUGUUGCAACUGGAUCGCUCCUUUACAACUCGGGAGAUCAGAAGAAAAUCGGAGGCAUAAUGGAACGCAGGGUGAGCAGCAGCUGUGAAAUGUUGGUGAUGGGAGCAAUAUUGUCACCAUUUUGGUCACCAUUGAGCUUUGGUUCUAUUGUAAAUAUUGUCUUUUCAAUAAAUUGCUUUUUAAUACAA